CAUAGAAUCAAGCCAAGCCUAAAGAACAGAAACUUCUUAAAGAUUAUUAUAAAAAAUAGGCAUAGAAUCUAAGUGGAUUUGAAUUCAUCUUAGGUUCUUUAUACUUGGAAUUCACUUUGCACAGAAAAACUAUUGAUAUCGAGACACCCGAAGGAAUAAUUGAUAGUCAAAUUUAUUUUUAUUUAUUAUCAAUGAAUACACCUUAGUUUUUACACUCACGACGAUGAGUAAUAUUAACUGAUAAAAAACCAAAACAGAAUUAAUACCAUAACAAAAUAUAUAUGUAUUUUGUCAUGAGUAAUACACAAUACGACGGUCUUAGAUUAUUAAUACCCAAACAUUGUUUUCAUAAUUUUAUUUUGUAGUUAUAGACGUUUUAGUUAUCUAAAAAAUAUAUUAUAACACUCGUCAUCGUGAGUAGAGUGAAGAUCUGUACACCAAUUUGGAAUAAACACCUACAGCAGUAUGCCGUUGGAAUGGUUAUUUGGGCGUCGUAUGUCGCCUGAUGAAAUGUUAAGAAAGAAUCAGCGUGCUCUCAAUAAAGCAAUGCGUGAUUUAGAUCGUGAAAAAAUGAGAAUGGAACAGCAAGAAAAGAAAAUCAUCAUGGACAUAAAAAAAAUGGCAAAAGAUGGACAAAUGGAAUCGGUGAAAAUCAUGGCUAGAGACUUAGUAAGAACAAGACGUUACCAGAAGAAAUUUAUGGUGAUGAAGGCUAAUAUACAAGCAGUAUCUUUAAAAAUACAAACGCUUAAAUCACAAAACGCUAUGGGUCAAGCAAUGAAAGGCGUAACUAAAGCAAUGCAAAAUAUGAACAGGCAGUUGAAUUUACCACAAAUUCAAAGGAUACUGCAAGAGUUUGAAAAGCAGUCUGAAGUAAUGGAUAUGAAAGAAGAAGUUAUGAAUGAUGCUAUGGAUGAUGCCAUGGAAGAUGAAGGAGAUGAAGAAGAAACAGAUCAAAUUGUAACACAAGUAUUAGAUGAGUUGGGUCUUCAGCUUACAGAUCAAUUGUCUGGAUUACCUUCAGCUUCUGGCUCAAUAAGUAUAGCAGCAACUGGAAAAGUACCAAUUGUUGCUCAAGAUGGCGGAGGUGGUGGUGGUGGUGCUGCUGCACAACCAAAUGAUGCUGAUGCAGACUUGCAAGCUAGAUUAGAUAAUUUAAGGCGCAAGUGA